AAGGAAGGAAGUGCCCCCUACACCCAUCACCCCUUCUUUCUUCUUGGGCAGUUGCAAACAAAAUGGGUUCGUUCGACAUAAGCGCUCCUCAAGACUUGCAGACGGCGGCUCUGUACGCCGUGGCGGCGACGGGUGCUGUCCUCGCCGUGCUCCUCCUCCUCUACCCAGACCGCAUGGCCUUCACCUCGCCACGUCCCCGCAAUGUCAAGACAAUGACCCCCAACUACCCCCUGAUCGGGAACACGCCCUGGCUGUUGAGCAUUGUACGCAAGCAGGAGAGGAUCCUGACAGCAAUCACGGAAGUUCAAAAGACUCAGGUCCCGGGCGGCCAACCCCUGACGCUGACGAUCCCCCAGCUCGGCGGCCGGGUCUUCCUCAUCAACCGUCCAGAGUACCUCAACUUCGUGCAAAAGGUCGAGUUCGAGCACUUUGUCAAGGGCUUCAACUUCCUAAACAACUUCUCCGACCUCCUGGGCUCUCAUGGCAUCUUCGUCGCCGACGGCGAUGUGUGGAAGAAGCAACGCAAGAUGGCCAGCCACAUUUUUAGUGUUGGCAACUUCAAAACCUACGUUCAGCAAACGAUCCACCGUGACAUCGACCAGCUGCAGAGGCUGAUGAGUGACUGCCACAAGACGGGCGCCCAGAUCAACCUACCCGAAGUCUUCUUCCGUUUCACAAUGUCGUCCUUCAGCCAGAUGGCCUUUACUGCCGAUCUCGAGGUGCUGCCUGCUACCGCGGAAGGCAUGAAGACCCGCAAUGAAUUUGCCGAUGCUUUCGACUUUGCCCAGUUGGUUGUCGACAACCGAUUUGUUGACCCCUUCCCUCGCUUCAUUGAGCUCUUCACCGCCCAAGGUUCUCGCAUGCGCAAAUCGAUCAAGACAUUGCGCGAGUACUGCUACCGCAUCAUUGAUCUGCGCCUCGAAGCCCGUGCACGCGGCGAGAGUGGAUCCGUCGACUCAAAGGAAGGCAAGGACCUCCUGGAGCUCUUCAUGGGCAUGGGCCUCACCAGAGACGAGCUCCUUCCUGUCGUUCUCAACUUCCUCAUCGCAGGCCGAGACACAACUGCGCAAUCGCUCUCAUGGAUGUUCUACGAGCUCUGGAAGCACCCUGAAUGCGUCAAGGAAAUCCGACGAACCGUUGCAGAGCACCUUGACGGAAGGCAGAUGGGCUACGACGACAUGAAGUCGCUCCCGUACCUUCAAGCUUGCUUCUACGAGGCCGUUCGUCUGCACCCUGCUGUCCCCAAGAAUGUCAGGACGGCGACGUGCGACACAACGAUUCGACCCUACCAGGGCACCGAGAAGCUUUCUGGCGAACAGAAGGACCUCCCCGACAUUUUCAUUCGAAAGGGCGAGGGCGUCAUUUGGUGUGACUACGCCAUGGCGCGCAUGCCCGAGAACUGGGGCCCUGACUGCGAGGAGUACAAGCCCGAGCGAUUCCUCGAGAAGAAGGAGGAUGGCGAGGUGCAAUUCAAAAAUUACGGUCAGAUGCUCGCCCACAUGUUCAAUGCCGGCCCUCGUGUCUGCCUUGGCCAGACGCUGGCGACGUUCGAAGGCAUGAGCGUCGUCGCAGCUAUUCUUCACAAGUACGACGUCGUGUACGAUGACGACGCUCUCACAGCAGACCCGCCCGUAUAUGCAGACUCGGUCACCCAUCCCAUCGCCAACCCUUACAAGGUCGGGUUCCGCCCCCUCUCUACCUAAAGCCGCUUUCACUUCUGUCCCCCCUACUUCAUUCUUAUAAGACCUUGUAAUGCUGUCCGUGUCUCCUCAGCCGCACCUUUUCAUUGAAAUGCUUUCCUUGAUCCUGAAGGAGAGCCGCGUCACUCAUGGCC